AUGUCCAAGCCCCAGGUCCUCAUCUGUGGCACCAUCGUCCACGCCCACGACGAGCUCAAGAACGAUCUUGGCGCCGUCGCAGAGGUUCUCCAACUCGACUCGGCCGACCGCCAGGCAUUCUACAAGGACUGCGCCGAGGGCGGGCGCUACUCGAACAUCACGGCCAUCUACCGCCACAAUGACUCUGCAAGCUCGAUCGGGGUGUUUGACGCCGACCUGAUUGCGCACCUGCCCGCGUCGCUCAAGUCCAUCUGCCACAACGGUGCGGGCUACGACCAGAUUGAUGUCGCAGCGGCCAAGCAGCGCGGCAUCCACGUGAGCCACACGCCGUCGGCCGUCGAUGACGCCACGGCCGACGUUGCCAUGUUCCUGGUGCUCUCCUCGCUGCGCCAGUUCUACCGCGCCGAGCGCAACGCGCGCGAGGGCAAGUGGAAGUCGGGCCUCAAGCCCGCCCACGACCCCGAGACCAAGGUGCUGGGCAUCAUUGGCAUGGGCGGUAUCGGCUCUGCGCUGGCGAGGCGCGCCGAGGCCUUUGACAUGAAGAUCCUCUACCACAACCGAAACCGCAACCCCAACGCCCAGCCCAGCUGGGAGUACGUGUCGUCGCAGGCCGAGCUGCUGCGGCGCGCCGACGUCGUGUCGCUCAACCUGCCGCUCAACCCGCAGACGGAGAAGAGCUUUGGCCGGGAGCAGUUUGGGCAGAUGAAGGACGGCGCCAUCCUGGUCAACACGGCGCGCGGCGGCGUCGUCGACGAGGAGGAGCUCAUCAAGGCGCUCGAGAGCGGAAAGCUGUCGUCUGCGGGACUGGACGUGUACCCCGCGGAGCCCAAGAUUGAUUCUCGGCUGGUUGCGAUGGAGCAGUGCAUCCUGCUUCCGCACAUGGGCACCGAGACGUGCGAGACGCAAAAGAAGAUGGAGGUGCAGGUGUUUGGCAGCAUCAAGGCGGUGCUCGAGACGGGCAAGCCGACGUUCCUGGUCAAGGAGCACAGGGAGUAA